CACCAAGGACACUGCAGUUAAUAUAAUAGUAGGGUCUCAUGUAUGGGUUGAGGACCCUGAUGUAGCUUGGAUUGAUGGAGAAGUAAAGAAAAUAACAAACAGGGUAGCAGAUAUUGAGAGGACUGAUGGAAAGAAGCUUAGAUGGAAUCCACCUGUUGGCAAUGGAGGUCCUCUACCACGAAGCAAGCUUCAGUUAUGGCACCAAGAAGUUGACCUACCACCAAUCUAUGGAUAUACUCUUCUUACCUUGAUUAUGGAGCACGACAUUUGCAAGAAUAUUCCUGUACUAAUGAUGUCCUCAAAUGACUCAGUUAGUACAGUUUAUAGAUGCAUGCUGAAAGGCUCAGUUAGUAUAGUUUAUAGAUGCAUGCUUAAAGGUGCAGCAGACUUUCUUGUCAAGCCUGUUAUGAAGAAUGAAUUAAAAAACUUGGGGCAGCACGUUUGGAGGAGACGAUCUGCAAGUGGAAGUUCCCAGGGGCCUCUUGAUAAAAGUGUUGCACAACCAAUGGUUGAGGCAACAACUGAAAACAAUGCUUGUAGCAACCAUUCCAGUGAUUAUAAGGCUUGCGUUCAGAGAAACCAGGAAGGCAUUGAGAAAAGAAGUGAUGCUCAGCUCAUGCACAAAGCCAGAGUUGGAGAAUGAAAAAGAUAAUGUAGAAGACUUACCGAAAUCUACUCAACCAAAUAGGAAUGUAUCUCUUCCAAAUGCUGCAGAGUUGGAGAAGACUACUUUACGAAUCAAGUAAUAGAUUGAGAUUGUCCGAGAAUGAUGCUAGAGCUCCCAUAAAAGAUGCAAAUGCAAUGGUCAGGGGAGAAGAUAUAAAUUCUGAUGAUAACUGGGGUUAUGAUUGUACAAUUGGUCAAACUUCUGAUGAAAAUCCUGAUCCUCCAACUAAACAUGUCAUUGACUUGAUCGGAGCAUUUAAUAACUACCUCAAAUGUAAUUUUAAAUGUUCGGGUUCCGACAGAAAAAACCAAAGCAAAUAAGAACCCUGGAAUCUGACCGGAGCAAAAGUGAGUUUUCUUGAAAACGUGUUGGAGAAGAAAAUUGGAGAUCUUGGGCUUGCUGCUAUUUUGC